UUGACAGAGCUCGUCCAGUGCAACACAGCAUCUCUGCGUUUUGCACCAGAACCUGGACAUUCAUCAUGGGGAAAGUUGAAGGCGGAAUGAAGUGCGUGAAAUAUCUCCUCUUCGUAUUUAACUUUAUAUUUUGGUUGAUGGGAUCACUGGUACUUGCUGUGGGUCUGUGGCUGAGACUAGAUCCAAAUACAGUUUCUCUGCUGGGAGAAGGUGGUCCUGAUACCUUCUUUAUCGGUGUCUAUAUUCUCAUCGCGGCCGGUGGUUUAAUGAUGCUAGUGGGCUUCUUCGGAUGCUGUGGUGCCGUGAGAGAGUCCCAGUGCCUUCUUGGAUUGUUUUUCACCUGUCUUCUGAUCAUAUUUGGAUCAGAAGUUGCAGCAGGAGUGUUUGGUUUCUUCAACAAAGACAAGAUAAUUGAAGAGAUAAAAACUUUCUAUAAUGAAGAAGCAGGAAAAAACUACAACAAUACAACAGUCCAAUCCUACCACAGCAUUCUGAACUGCUGUGGCUCACCUUCAAUAAUCCCCACUGUGUGCCAAGACGUCGUAUCAAACCAGACAUGUGAUGUGGCCAUUGAGGAGUUUUUUAACAGUAAGCUCUUCAUCGUGGGAUACGUGGGAAUUGGAAUCGCAGGAGUCAUGAUUAUUGGCAUGAUCUUCAGUAUGGUUCUGUGCUGUGCAAUCCGGAACAGCAGGGAGGUCAUCUAAAACACUCCUACUCACCUUUGACACUUAACCUCUGCUGGACUUUCAUAUACAACUAUAACAUUUCAACCAUUUACAAAGUGCUCUGUUCCCACCCUGCAAACUCAGAAAACUUACUCCACUUCUCUAUAACUCCCAAUAGUUGGUCCAGCUCACAUUUCUUUUACUUAAUCACAUUGCUGGAUUUGUCUUUAUUUAAUGCCUGCUGGUUAGGUGCAUAGCUGGAUCUUUCAAAUGCAACAAAUAUAAGGCACCUUUAGAUAUUCCUGAAAUGAUUAAUAUCAUUUUGAUUUAAAUUUCAUACACCCUGUUCACCUCUCUCUCCAAACCAAGAGCUUUGUGGUGCUAUUUUUAGCUGUUGCUGCAUGGCUUCACAUGCUAGAUAAAAAUAUUAUGUAAUGUGAAGCCAGGGUUUCUGUGGCAUACCCAUGGCCAGUAAGAUGGUUAAUAAGUAGACAGCUCUGACUCAGAGACGCCUUUCAAUUAGUUUACGAAGGACUUACGAACUUACACAUUAGAAGAAACUUUGUAUCAUUGUUAUGUGAAGACCAUAUCAUCUAGUAAGAUCACCCAGAAAAUGUAAUUGAUGACAGAAUUUUCCUUUUUGGGUUAAUUAUCCCUUGAAGUACUGUUUCGUCUCUGAAUUUAUCCAUAAUCCGAAUAAAUUGAAGGAAACCGAUCGCUCUAACACACAUUUCCAGCUCGGCUUUGUUUUGCAUUGGAAUGCUAAUACCUCACCGGCAAGAUGAUCAUGUUUCUGUUAUGCAACAGCUGAGCUCAUCUGCAGCCAACACUGAUAGUGGUGCACCAAGGGCUUGAUGGAGUCAAACCUCCUCAUUCACAUGGUGGAUCUUUGGGUGUAGAGUUGCCUGGUAAUUUCACAUAAAAAUCUCAGUAAAGACUCAACACACGUUUCCCCGUCACCCCCCUCACAACCACCAAAACAAAAACUACGCCUCUCUUUAAAACUACACCUGCAUUAAACAGCCAAUUAUAGUCUUUUCAGCUAAAUGUAAAGAGUAAAACAAUUAUUGGGUGUGAAACGAUUCAUGACACUACAAAAAUGGAAAAGGUAACAUAAAAAAAUCUAAACCUUUUAAACAACAAACAUUGUACUGAAUAAAUUAUAUAAUUUUAGGACCUUUGAAACACAUGUGACAACCUGCACUGAUAAAAAAAACAUCAUGCCCCAACCUUUAAAUGUAAAAUUUUCAGUAAUCUGUUUUCAUUAUAUAGUUUUAAUAGGUUAUGAUAUAGAUUAUGUUCACUUGUUCGCUCAAGAUCUAUAACAAAAACAGGAUGAUAGUGAAACUUUACUUUGGUGGGUAGAAUUCACCAAAAAUAUUUGAAUUUAAGAGGGUUUUGAACUACUGAAAGUGUUUGAAACCAACAUACAAAACCUCUGCACAAAACACAAAUUUGUGCAAUUGGACCUUUGACUCCAAAUCCUAUUGUUACUGAGAUACAGUAUAACUUACCCAUGUGACAACUAUCCCUGGUCAGUCCUAUACAGUUCCUCUAAAGUCUAAAUGAAAUUGUAAGAAACUGUAGUCAGUUUCAAUAGUAUUCCCCAAAAUAAUGCAUAAGGACAACUACUCAAGUACUUUCCACCCCUGGUUGACAUGAAAUUUCAAGCUGUAUCAGUAAUGUCUUGCGUUUUUUUGUUUGUUAAAUUAUUGUGGAAAAUGCAUGCAGUUUUUAUGAUCUCCUGAUUGAGAUACUGCAUGGAGUAUUUGUGCUUUUAAAGAGUCAUUUGUCACACCACAGGACUUUUUAAGUGAACUGCAAAAAAGGAUGAUGAAGAAUGGUGAAAAACCUAAAAGAAAUGGCAACCAGUUACAUCACCUACUUCCUUUGAAUCGUAACCAAAAGUACUGAUGUUGAAUUAAAGGUAAUGAAAAUUUCUCUCAUCAUUUACUCACCCUUAUACCAUCUCAGAUGUGUAUGACUUUCUUUUUUCUGCUGAACACAACCGAAGAUUUUUAGAAUAAUUUAUCAGCUCUUUGGUCCAUACAAUGCAAGUGAAUUGGUGCCAAAAUUUGCGAUAUGAUAGGUGUGGGUGAGAAACAGAUAACUUUUACAUUCUACUUCUCAUGUUUUUGGUGGUUCACAUUCUUCAUGCAUAUUGCCCCCCACUAGGCAGGGAGAAGAAUUUCAAGUAAAAUAUUGAUCUGUUUCUCACCCACACCUAUCAUAUCACUUCUGAUAAUAUCGUAUGGUAUGAAUUACUUUUAUGCUGUGUUUAUGUGCUUUUUGGAGCGUCAAAAUUUUGGCACCCAUUCACUUGCAUUGUAUGGACCUACAGAGCUGAAAUAUUCUUCUAAAAAUCAUAAUUUGUGU